AAACCGAGAGUCACAACCAGAACGGAAAGCAUCCAUGAAAACUGGGUUAGUUUGUCAUAUUAUAAACGGCAACACUCCAAGCUUCGCCGUUACUCUUUCUCCUUAAAUAACACAAUUCCUUCUCACAAACACACUCGAGUCUCAACCUUUGACACAAUUAAAGAAAGUGUUGAGUUGAUUAUCAAAUGGGUUCAGAUUCCAAUGGAAAUCAAGAAUCUGGGACUCAGAUCCCUCCUUCAUCAUCACUGUUCAGGUACAAUUCACCGUUGGUUCAGGUCAUCCUUAUUGGCCUAGUCUGCUUCUGCUGCCCCGGAAUGUUCAACGCACUUUCCGGCAUGGGUGGUGGCGGCCAAGUCAACUCAACCGCCUCUAACAACUCCCUAACCGCACUUUACACCACCUUCGCCAUCUUCGGCAUUCUCGGCGGCGGCAUCUACAACCUCCUGGGACCACACCUCACACUCUUCGCAGGUUGCUCCACCUACGUCCUCUACGCCGGUUCCUUCCUCUACUACAACCACUACCAGCACCAAGCUUUCGCCAUAAUCUCCGGCGCCAUUCUCGGCGUCGGAGCCGGGCUUCUAUGGGCUGCAGAAGGCGCCAUCAUGACCUCUUACCCUCCGGUGAAUCGAAAAGGAACCUACAUCUCCAUCUUCUGGAGCAUCUUCAACAUGGGUGGUGUUAUAGGUGGCCUAAUCCCUUUCAUCUUGAACUACCAUCGCAAAGAUGACGCAGUUUCGGUUAACGACGGAACGUAUAUAGGUUUCAUGGCGUUUAUGUCAGUGGGAACAGUUCUUUCGCUGGCGAUCUUGCCGGCCAGGAAGGUUAUUCGCGACGACGGAACUCGGUGCACUAACAUGUUGUACUCAAACGUUGGAACGGAGGCUAUAGAGAUUGCUAAAUUGUUUUAUAACUGGAAGAUGCUUCUCAUGGUUCCUGCUUCUUGGUGUAGUAAUUUCUUUUACACGUAUCAGUUCAACCAUGUGAACAAGACCAUGUUCACUUUGAGGACAAGAGGGUUGAACAAUGUGUUCUAUUGGGGGGCGCAGAUGUUGGGUUCUGUUGGGAUUGGUUAUGUUAUGGAUUUCAGUUUUAAGAGCAGAAGGAAGAGGGGUUUGGUGGGGAUUCUUGUGGUUUCUGUUCUUGGUACCGGGAUUUGGGCUGGUGCGCUUGCUAAUCAGAUCAAGACUCCACCAAAGAUCUUGGAUUUCAAGGACUCUGGUCAUUCAUUUGCAGGGCCCUUUGUCUUGUAUUUUAGCUUUGGUUUGCUCGAUUCCAUGUUUCAGAGUAUGGUCUAUUGGGUUAUUGGUGCCCUUGCUAAUGAUUCUGAGAUUCUUAGCAGGUAUACUGGGUUCUACAAAGGUAUUCAAAGUGCAGGAGCAGCAGUUGCUUGGCAAAUUGAUAACCAUAAUGUGUCCUCUAAAGCUCAGUUGACUGUGAAUUGGAUACUAACAACAAUAAGUUAUCCAAUGUUAUUGGUUUUGGUGUUGAUGGCUGUGAAAGAAGACAAGGGUGAAGUAGUAGUAGAAGAGCCUGUGAAACAAGUUGCUCCUUCAUCGGCUGAUAAUAACAAUAAUGGCUCCGAUGCCAAAUAACAAACAAUACACACCUUUCUAAUGGCAAAAUCAACUAGUCUUUGUCAUCUCUUUGUUUGUCAUUUACUUUUCAAUAUUAAAAGGCAGAAGAAAGAAAAAGGAAUUAAUUUGUUUCCACUUUCAAAGUUCACACGAUCACAUCCGAAAAGUCCGAAGAUUGUGAACUCAAUUGUUUUGAUGUGGUAAGUAAAAGACAAGGAAAAGGGAACAAAAGUAUGGAUUGGAUAUUGGUCCCAUUAAUUAAGUUCUGAAUUUUCUUUUGCUUCUUAUGGAGUUUGAAAACGUAUAUCUAUGUAUUGGUUAGGCAUCAGUGUCAACGUGUGUUGAAUAGUGAAGUAUAUAUUUUCCUUGA